ACGUUGCAGGAAGUAAACCGUGCGUGGUUGAAAUCCUCAAACAGAAGCGCGUCGCCUUCCAUUCGGCUGCAUCCGAUAAACACGCAACGUAUGUGCUGGAUCAGUAACAUUAGUUACACGACAACUGCAACGACGAAAGAGUGGGAAAAUGUCUGCAACGACCACAGCAGCAAAGUACGUGAAAGAAAAGGACUGCAGUCGUCGACGACUGGAACAUCUUUGGCUGCAGCCUUAUGUUGUGUUGCGCAGAGCAGACAUCAGUGAAGCUAUUUGUCCUAAGCAGGAGGAGCCGGACCGCACUCGCAUUAAAGAGGAAGAUGUGGGCAAAGAGGUCCACCACUUCAAUGAACAAAUGGAGCAGAAGUUUCUUUGCACUAUUAAAGAGGAGGAAGAGCCGGAGCGGCCUUGUCAGAAAGAGGACGGAGAGGACUCCGGCGACGUCAAAAAGGAGGAGGAAGAUACCUGCGAGAUGCCAUUGACUGGUGUACUUGUGAAGCGUUUAGAUGAGGCUCAACGUGAGGUGAGCAAAGGGGCGGAGCCUCCAAGCUGCAGCUCAAGUCCACAUAUGACCAGAGAAGGUGAUGGAGACCACUGUGGGGGAUCACAAGAAGCUCCACCAUCAGAUAGUGAUGACGUGUUUUCACAUGUUCCUGCUGAUGAUGAUGAUGACUCUCAAAACAAACACAGGCAAUGUUCUCACUAUGGAAUUUGUUUUGCUCAUACCAGUAGUUUGAUACAACACAUGAGAAUGCACACAGGAAAGAAAAACUUUUCCUGUUCAGAUUGUGGCAAAAAGUUCUCUCAGAGGGGACAUUUAAACACGCACACAUUAACCCACACUGGCGAGAAACCUUUUUCAUGCUCAGUUUGUGGCCAAAAGUUCUCUCAGAGGGUACAUUUAAAUAUGCACACAAGAAUCCACACUGGCGAGAAACCUUUUUCAUGCUCAGUUUGUGGCCAAAAGUUCUCUCGGAGGGGACAUUUAAAUUCACACACAUUAACCCACACUGGCGAGAAACCUUUUUCGUGCUCAGUUUGUGGCCAAAAUUUCUCUGAGAGGGGAAAUUUAAAAAAGCACACAAGAAUCCACAUUGGCGAGAAACCUUUUUCAUGCUCAGUUUGUGGCCAAAAAUUCUUUCAGAUGCGAAGUUUAAAUAUGCACACAAGAAUCCACACUGUCGAGAAACCUUUUUCAUGCUCAGUUUGUGGCCAGAAAUUCUUUCACAGGGGAAGUUUAAAUAUGCACACAAGAAUCCACACUGGCGAGAUACCUUUUUCAUGUUCAGUUUGUGGCCAAAAAUGCCACACGGCGUGGCAUUUGAAUACGCACACAAGAACCCACACUGGCGAGAAACCUUUUUCAUGCUCAGUUUGUGGCCAGAAAUUCUCUCUGAGUGGAUCUUUAAAAAUUCAUACAAGAAUCCACACUGGUGAGAAACCUUUUUCAUGCUCAGUUUGUGGCCAAAGGUUCUCUCACAGGGGAAGUUUAAAUAUGCACACAAGAACCCACACUGGUGAGAAACCUUUUUCAUGCUCAAUUUGUGGCCAAAGGUUCUCUCGGAGGGGAUAUUUAAAUUCACACACAUUAACCCACACUGGUGAGAAACCUUUUUCAUGCUCAGUUUGUGGCCAAAGGUUCUCUCGGAGGGGAAGUUUAAAUAUGCACACAAGAAUCCACACUGGCGAGAAACCUUUUUCAUGCUCAGUUUGUGGCCAAAAGUUCUCCUGUAGGCAAAGUUUAAAUAUACACACAAGAAUCCACACUGGUGAGAAACCUUUUUCAUGCUCAGUUUGUGGCCAAAAGUUCUCUAUAAAGACAAACUUAAACAGUCAUACAAGAAUCCACACUGGCGAGAAACCUUUUUCAUGCUCAGUUUGUGGCCAAAAAUUCAGUCAUAAGCAUCACUUAAAAAAGCAUGCAAGACUCCACACUGGCGAGAAACCUUUUUAAUGCUCAGUUCGGCCAAACAGUCUCUCAGGGUAAGCUUAAUCAGGCACGCAGGAGCCCACACUGGAGAGAAACCUGUUGCCUGCUCAGUCAGUUGCCAAAGAGUCUCUAUUAAGAAUUCUGAGUGUUUUGGAGGGAUGAGCAAUGAUCCAUGAAGUUCUCAGCUUCUAUUUGAGCAGACUUUAUGAGUUUAUGCAUCAGCCCUUUCAUAAACCCACAACCCAAACUACAAACCCUAACCACCUCCUUCCUGGUUUCAGACCCAACCUUAAAACCCAACCAACCCUGACUUGACAGUAUAACUACAGAGUUCAGCUCUUAAGUUUGUGUGACGUUGCAAUGUUGAAGGGGGACAUUUCGAACAUUUAAUACUUUGAUAUUUAACUGUGCUAGAUCAUUUGAAUGAUUUUGAAGACAUUAAAAUCAUUUUUGAAGAACGUA